AUGGGUGACAACUGGCUCAGCAAGCAAGUCCAAGGCUAUGUCGCCGGCGCAGGCAAGGUGGCUGGUAACAUUGUCUAUGGCGUGGGCAAUGGUGUGAACAAUGUUGGUCGUGGCAUCGGUGACAGCAUCACCAACACGACACGCUAUUGGGGCCAGGGUGUGGCAGGCUAUGGCAACAACAUCAAGGAUGCUUCUGGUGCUGGAGGUCCUCGCGUGCCCACUGGCGGCAAUCCUCUCGGUUUGAGUGGUCCAGGGUCGAGCAAGACUCUGAUGCCUGGAGGAAAGCUGCCUCCUGGCAGUGGGCAACGAAACGCUGGCAAGGGCAAUGCUAAAAAUCCACUUGGCUUGUAG